AGAAUAGCGAGAGGAGGGCGGUCCUGCUUUGCUCUGACAGGUCGCUUUGUUUAUCACACAGGUGGGUGUGGGUAGUGAAAGUCGGUCUGUAAUAGGCUGGGCUGGAGGAAGGCGGGAUCAUGUAGCGAAGGGAGUUUCUGCGCGUCCUUAGCAACCACGUGUGUAAGCAGUGUGGAAGGCGGCACAGCAGAGCAAAAUGCCCAUUGUAAAAAUACCAGUGGUACAAAAAUUUGGAAUUUUAUCAACUAAAUAUCUCCAAGAACUCCAAAAAAUACUUUUAGAGAGAAAUGAAGAAAGCCAUGGAGAAAAAGCCUCUAGUCACAGAAGCCCCUUGGAAGUCACAGAGGAAUUCAUCAAACAGUUUAAUGCUGCAGCAGAGCUGGAGGUUCAAGAGCAUAUGCUUGACUCUGCUAGGAAAAUACUUCAUCGAUGCAAGAGAAGAUCUGGAAUUAUUUGCAAGAGUUCUAAAUCUCAUGUAAAUUUGCACCUUGCAUGGAAGGAACUGAUCCUAAUGGCUCAAUGCAAAGGCAAGAUUCAGGAAGAGGCCUUGGAUAUCCUUAUUCUCUCAAUGGAUCAAGCUGAUCUUAAUCAAGACCACAUCCCUUUGUUGUUUUUCAUUGCUGAAUCAGUUCUGUAUAGAAUAUGUUGUGAUGCAGUUCAGAAACCACACCUGUAUUCCAGUGAAAUCAAGCUUUCAAAGCUUGGACUUGUGUCAUUUUUAAGGCUUUAUUCUUUUCAUCUCCUUGGGAAACUGCAACAGUUUGAAGAACAAAAGGAUAGGCUAUACAUAUACUUAAAAGCUUUGCCCACGUGUGAAGCCUCUUAUGAACCAUAUCCUAAUAUUCUCUUGUCUGUACACAUAAUGUUAAAAGUUGGAGAAGCCAUUUGUGACUUAGAGAUUGACCUGGAGACAAAUCAUUUGCUAAAGAAACAACCAGUCUCUAUGGACCAAUCGAGUAUGCAUCCAAGAGAAGCUGAAAUAAGCCCAUUCCUUUGGCACUGUCUUCUCAUUUGGCAGCACAUCGAAAAUAAUAACACACAUUUGCAUGAUAUUAUCCAGCAUCUCUUUCUCCUAAAGGGACACCUUCAUCGGGAAAAUUGGCUAGAUUCUCUCCUUGCUUUGCUUAUCUUGGGUGAAGCUGCAAAAAAAGAAAUAUUCUGUUUACAAGCAUUACUGGAACUUGGGGGUGACGUUCUUUCUCAUGUGCCACAAACUGAAGUACAGUCCUCAAGUCAUGGAUGGCAUUGGGAAGUGAUCUGUGUUUACACUAUGGUACUUGCAGGUGUUUGUUUGCAUGGAUCUACAUCAGAUAUCCAAAAAUAUGCUUUUAUUGGCUUCAACAGUAAAGACCCUUUGAAUAUGUCCAACAAAGAAGCAAGUCUAAAUAGUUUAUUGCUUUGUACGACCUCAGAUUUAUCAGAUGCCAAUGACUUUUGGAUGAUUUCAUAUUGUGCUGUUUAUAAUCUGGUUAAAAUCUGUAAUGAACUUAAGUGGGAUACGAACCGAGAUGGCCUCAGAUUUGCAAUCUUGAAUGCACUAUACAAACAUAAAAGUAUGGAAAAUGAUACUCGAGUCUUCGAUGCUGAAAAAAUUGCUGAGGCUGAAGUGAAUGGCCCAGCGAAUCCUUUUAUUAACAUAAGUGCUAAGCCUCCAUCAGUCCCUGACAGCCUGUCCUUCUUUCAGCAUGUGGGGUGCAGACUUGCCAGAGCUCUGUCACAGCAGUUCCUGCCUACUGUGGUGCACUUUGUCCCAACUCCAAGGAAAGCCAGUUGGAGCCAUGUGACAAAAAAAGGCUCACACAUAAAAGAAUACAGCACGCAGAAGAAAGCUUCACGUCCUUCAUUAAGACAAGAACUUAUGUUUGAUAAGCCAUCUCCCCCUUCACCGUUAGAUUUCAUCACACGUACUAGUAUGGACUUACGAAAAGUUAUGGAGGAUCAGUGGGAAAAAGAGCUACAAAUCACGAUGGACAAGGAAGAGGAAGAAAUGAAACAAGAGCAACUAGAACAUAAAAAAAGGGAAGAAGAACAUUUCAAAGAAAUAAUGAAAAAAAGGGAGGAAAAACUAAAGAAGACAAGCAAGCCUUAUGAGCUUCCUUAACAUUUUUACAUAUUGAUAA